AUGUCACGGCAGCGCUGUAAUUCAUGUUAAAACUUAUCUUUGCGUUCUCAGUCUGUAUAUCAUUCAGUUGUUUGUCAUCAUGUUUCGGCGCGGUUUAUCAGACGCAGAAAUUGCGGAUUUGAUCAAUCAUAGCGACACUCUGGAUAAUGUAGAGAGUGAUUCAGACGAUUCUGAAUGCAAUGGUGUGUUUGAAGAAGACGAGAUUGAUGACAGUUUGUCUUCAGAUGAAGACGAGAAUGAUGUUGAAGGUGUUGCUUCAAAUCCAGCAGCUGUGCCGUAUCCGAAAGACAGUGAGUGGACUGCAGUUGACACCUACCGACCUCUGCCUGUCAACACGACACCCAGGCAGAUACUAGUGGAUAUUGAUGAGUCGAGUUCUGUACUGGAUUGCAGUAAAGUGUUCCUUACUGACAGUGACGUAAAUGAACUCAAGAGACAGACAAAUUUGUAUGCAUCACAGACAAUACAGAAGAAAAGAAGAGGAAAUAAUCUGAAGCCCCAUUCAGUUUUGAGUUCGUGGAAGCCAGUGACUAUAAGUGAGAUGAGGCGUUUCUUGGAAAAACCAGGCGAAGAUGGAUUUCAUCCACUUUACAAAGUUUUGCCAUAUUAUAAUAAUUUGAAGGAGCGAUGUAUCCAGGCAUAUCGUCCCUCAGAAAAAGUGACAAUUGAUGAAGGAAUUUGCCCAUUUCGAGGUCGUGUGAGUUUCCGUGUUUACAUGCAAAAUAAGCCUCAUAAGUAUGGACUGAAAGUAUAUGCUGUUGCUGAAGCCAGUAGUGGCUAUGUUGUAAAUUUUGAAGUUUAUGCUGGUAAGCAUAUUGUUGACAAUUCUUCGUCUGCGGUUAUUUUGCGAUUGUUGUCUGACAGCAGCUUGCUGAACAAAGGCCACACUGUGUAUUUAGAUCGAUUUUAUUCCAGUCCAGAGCUAUUUCAGCAACUGGCAGAGAAAGGCACUGAGCUGUUGGUACUGUGA